AUGGUCAUUGGAGUGACUAUUUCUGGUAAUCAUGAUGCUGAUGACAUUGUUUUUAAUUUGUCAACACAUGUUUUGACCACAGAUGAAUUUUAUGUUUUAAAUAAAGGUCUGUCGUUUGUUCCUAGUAGAGAGAGUAACUAUCAAGAAGCAGUGAUGGACCUUAUGCUCUUCUGUAGGGGCGUAGCACUCAAAAAUAUGUUUGGCAACAAUGUGGUUCAAAAGUCUGUAUUAAGACAGCCCAGUACUUUUGUUCCCCCACUUACACCCUCUUUGCAAUUAUUUGUUAAUGCUUGUGAAAAAGAUUUGCUAGAUUAUUUUCAUAAAGGACAUACUCACAGGUACCAUAAUUUAACUUCAGCUCAGAGACAAGCUCUACAUGAUUUAAGUGAGAAUAGAGAAAUUGUGAUUAAAAUGGCAGACAAAGGAGGUGCCAUAGUUGUAAUGGACACCACCUUUUACAAUAACAAAUUGACACACAUACUCUCUGACUCUUGCACUUAUGUCCCUAUGAAUCCUUUAAUGGUUAAACAUCUGAUAGACAAAGUCCACCAAACUCUGGAACAACUUUUAAAUGAUAUGGUUAUUAGUAAGGAACUAUAUAAUUUCCUUAAAGUGGAAGGUGUGGUCACACCACUUUUGAAAGGGUUACCAAAGAUACAUAAGUCUUUGACAGACCCCCCUUUACGACCCAUAGUGUCAGGUAGAAAAUGGGUGACAGAAAAUGCUUCCAUUUGGCUAGAAAUCACACUUAGACCAUAUGUUGAAAAAAUGGAUAACAUACUUUUAGAUACGGGUGGAUUUUUGAAAGCACUUGGUGAGAUAGAUAGGGCCACCCCCAAGGUGUGUCACCUCAUAGUCACACUAGAUGUGCAGAGUCUUUUUACCGUCAUUAAUAAUGAUUAUGGCAUUUUGGCUAUUAGGACACCUUUGAAGGAUAAUGGAGCUACAGAUCACAAUAUUACCCAGAUUAUUACAAUGUUAAAUUUGGAACAACCUCAGCUCAGCUGGACAGAUGAUCUACCUCUCUGCCAUCUCUCGGGUGUAGGCUCCUCUCCAAACUGUGCAUAUAGUGCUGAUGGGAAGGGGAAAGAAGAACGUGCCUAUGAGGAUGGUUGGCUUAAAUUUAGGACUGAGAAUGACUGCUUUCUUUAUGGUGUAGUUAACGGGUAUGGAGGAAAACGAGUUGCAGACUUAGUUGCUCAGCGACUGCCAGCAGAGUUGCUGUUGGGGCAGUUGAAUGCUAAUCAUAGUGAUGCCGACGUACAGAGGGUUCUGUUACAGGCUUUUGAUGUAGUUGAGCGGAGUUGUUUAGAAUCCAUCGAUGAUGGUAUAGCUGAAAAGACCAACUUACAAUCCCAGCUGCCUGAGAGUGCUCUUCGUCACCAGUUAGCCUCGCAAUUUCAGAAGAUAGUUGAACGACUGAAUGUGGUAGAGCAAGAGAUCUUAGGAGGAGCUAUGGCCAUUGUUGCUCUGAUUUUGAGCAACAGGCUGUUCAUUGCCAAUGUUGGAACAAAUCGAGCACUCCUUUGCAAGUCUACUGUGGAUGGACUGCAAGUGACCCAGCUCAGCAUAGACCACACAACUGACAAUGAAGAUGAACUCUUUCGGCUCUCCCAACUCGGUCUGGAUGCAGGAAGAAUAAAACAAGUUGGAGCAAUUGGAGGCCAAGACAGUACCAGGCGAAUAGGAGAUUACAAAAUGAAAUAUGAAUACAGUGAUAUUGAACUGUUGAGUGCUGCAAAGUCCAAGCCAAUCACAGCAGAGCCAGAAAUCCAUGGUGGACUACCUCUGGAUGGUGUUACAGGCUUUCUGUUAUUGAUGUCUGAAGGUUUUUACAAAGCUUUGGAUUCUGCCCAUGGACCAGGACAAGCUAACCAGGAGAUUGCUGCAAUGGUGGCCACAGAGUUCGCUAAGCAGACAACCCUUGAUGAAGUUGCACAGGCUGUUGUGGACCGUGUGAAGCGCAUUCACAGAGACACCUUUGUCAGUGGAGCUGAGCGAUCCCGAUUUUGCAACAAACAUGAAGACAUGACACUACUUGUGAGAAACUUUGGCUACUUGCUGGGGGAGAUGAGCCAGUGCACAUUAACCCCAACACAAGGAGGUCGAAUUUAUCCAGUAUCUGUUCCAUACUACAACAACCAGAGUACAAGCAAAACAAGUGUUACUCUUUCCCUUGUCAUGCCAUCUCAGUCACCAAUGGUAAAUGGAAGCCAUAGCAGCUGCACUCUAGAUGAAGUCACACCGACUCUAACCAAUCAGAGUCCAACAGCAACACUUCAGUCUACAAAUACUCAUACUCAGAGCAGCAGCUCUAGUUCAGAUGGGGGACUGUUCCGUCACCGCCCACCCCAUAGUCUACAACCUGAUGAGGAUGGCAAAGUUGAACCUUAUGUGGAUUUUUCAGAAUUUUAUCGUCUCUGGAACAUGGAUCAUGGUGACCAGACUACACCAGUUAUAGCACAAUGAAAAGCAUAAUAGAAAUCCGUCUAGAAGAAGAAGCAUGUUGGGUGCCGGACACCUUAUGCUUCCACUGCAAUGUUAAGACAUGUAUCAAAAAUGUGGAAAAGCUUCAUUCUUUGGCUAUUAAACAAAAGUGAAUAGUCUUGGGAUCACCAACUUUUAGCGUAGUUUACAAGUUCCUCACUUUGAACAUGUUAUGGUUCUGUGUUACAGAUACUGAAUUUUCUUUUGAACAGCCUCAUUCGUACACCAAAAGCUGGAUAUCAGAGCCUUUCUGAGCCUACCAUUUUUGGUAAUCUAUGGACUGGUCCUGACAUCUGCCAGUAGCUCCAGAGUGCAGUUUUGCACACACAAGGAAAUCCUGCUGCUUCACCAUGUAUUUAUUUAUUUUUUUAUCAAAAGUAAAGGAGGGUAGUAUCUUUAGACGACACAGGAUUUGGAGUAACUCAUAAUGCUUAUGUAGUGGAGGUUAUGGAAGUAAUGUUGAUUUAAGUGAGAGAGAUUUGUCAAUUAUAUUGGUUUCCAGAACAGACAAACUUCCAGGCAACUGAGCAUGAACUGGAACACUAAGUCUCUAAUGCUUCUGCAGCCUAGUUCAACACUGGUUAUUCAGACUUCCUUUGGAAGUUUACACUGUACCCCUAGCUGCAGAUCAUAGAGACAUUCCAGGUUUCCCAGCCUAAUGUCAUCUUUAUUAAUAUUUAAUUGUAUUUUGUAUUUAAUGCUGAUAAGUGCCUGAUAAUCAUGUUUAGCAUAAAAUAAAACAAACUCAGAAAAUC